ACAAUCCUUUCCAACACUGGGACAGUCAUCACCAACAAAAUGAGAAAAGCGGCUGGUUUUGUUGUUUUUCGGCGUCUUUGUGGGGAGAUAGAGUACUUACUGUUGAAAGCCUCCUAUGGUAGCUUUCACUGGAGUGCACCCAAGGGUCACGUGGACCCGGGAGAGGACGAUUUCACCACAGCGCUGCGGGAAACUAAAGAGGAAGCCGGUUAUGACGAAAAGGACUUGAUUAUAUACCAGGACACACCAAUAACGCUUAAUUAUGAGGUCAGGUCGAAACCUGAAUCUCAGGCAAAGCCAAAAAUCGUGAUAUAUUGGUUGGCUGAGCUCCGAAAUCCCAACCAGGCACCUAUUCUCUCCGAUGAGCAUACGGAGUUUAAGUGGCUGGGCAAGGAGGCGGCCAAAGACUGCGCUGGUUUUAAGGACUAUAAAGAGAUGAUAGACAAGUUUCACGAAAUAAUUGUAAAAUUAUAAUUAAAAUAAAUGGAAAGUUG